UUGCUGUAGCCGCUCGCUCACUCUCCAAUCAUGUGAUUAGAACAGUUAUUUAAAGAGGCAGAAUGUGCCUAGAUUAGAGAGCAGUCUCUCCUCGCCUCUCCUCUCCUCAGUGCACAGUCACAGGGUUCAGCAUGGCUGAAGCUUUCGCGGGCACCUGGAAGCUGGUGGACAGCAAUAAUUUUGAUGAAUACAUGAAAGCGAUUGGCGUGGGCUUUGCCAUGAGGCAGAUAGCAAACCUGACCAAGCCCACCACCAUCAUCGAGCUGGAGGGCGACAAGGUCACCGUGAAGACCCAGAGCACCUUCAAGAGCACAGAGAUCAGCUUCAAACUGGGGGAGGAGUUUGAUGAGAUGACCGCCGAUGACAGACAUGUCAAGGUAGGAGGAACAGUUGGCCCGGAGGACAAACAGGACACACACAGGGCAGCCCCAGCCACCAGAUGGGGAUGCUGCUAGAUAGCCAAGGGCUAG